AUGGAAGAAGAAACCAUGGAUACAACCAUACCAUCAUUUCUCACUCAAAACAUGAGCUCUACUACCACCUCUCAGGGAGUUCAAAAGUCUCUGCAUGUUUUACGGAGAAGUCGAAGACGGUGCACCGAGGAGAAACUCAUGUUGAUAAAGGAAGUUGCUGUUGAGGAGAAAGAAAAGGAUGAAGAUGAAGAUGAAGAAAGUGAUGAUAGAGAAGAGAUAGAGAGAAAGAUUAAUGCAUUGCAGAGGAUUGUACCUAACGGUGAGUCUUAUGGUGUGGACAAGCUUUUUGAUGAAACUGCUGGAUAUAUUCUUGCUUUACAGUAUCAAGUCAAAGCUUUGAAAGCUCUUACUGGUUUCUUUCAAAAGAUGGAGAAAGACAACACUAAACUUGGUGGUUAA